CAAGCUCCCGUGCGCGCGCGUGCAAGGCGCACCGUAAUAGUGUGUGCACGUUUUUGCACGUAGUGGUUCGUGAAGUGCGUGGCAGGGGAGCGAACUCGAGGACCGAUCGCACGAUGUCUCGUCUCUUCUAAACGCAUUUUCUAUAAUAAUUGUCCGCUCUGCUCGCAAUGAAAACAUAGAUGUACUUCUCUUGAUAACAAGCGUCCCCGAAGUAGAGUAUUGCGUCGGUGAGCCUAUCGCAGAUAAAGGUGAUUCCAAGCAAUUCGAGAACGUGACAGGAGAUGUAGCUACUCUGGAAUUUGUUUUGGAAAGGGAAAACGUCACUUGAAACUCGAAGAACUCACGCACGGAAGAACUCCGAUGCGACAUAACCCCCGGACAGCUGUUCUUUAAAUCGUGUGGCUGAACCGCGCUUUCGAACAUCUUUUGGAGCGCGGCGAAGACAUCUCUCAUUCCUUAAAGCAUGAACGUAGAGCGAGUCUCUUCUGACUGCCAAUGGAUAAGUCGAGGAUAAUAUGCGUGAAAGUGACCAAUCUCUGCUAACAAACCUCCCAAGAUGUCGGGUGAGGAAUGCGAAAGCGAGAUGGACUACUCAGAUUCUGACUGUGGCGAUAUAGGCUACGAGGAUUACUACAGUGUACAGCCAUGGGGUGGUGAGGUAGACAAUGAUGGAGAUACGGAUCAAAGUCGCAGAGACCCUGAAUUUACCGUACACGAUUGUCUUCGCGUUGAAGAAGUGGAAAGGCUACUAAAUGAAAACGUUGAAAUUCUGAGUACCAGCCUUCGUAUCACGCCGUCCUUAGCCAAACUUCUCUUACAUGCACACAAUUGGGCAUUACAAGAAAUUGUUAUAAAGUACCGUACCAAUGCCUCCAGUCUUUUAAUUAAUUCUAAAAUUAAGCCUCUGUAUCCACCUGAUCCAAUAUCAGGGCCAAAAGGUCAAAGAGGUGGAAUUUGUUCAGUGUGUGUUAAUGGACUACCCUUGGAUAGAUUUUCUACCCUUACAUGUGGACAUUCAUUUUGCAAAGAUUGUUGGUGUAUGCAUUUUGAAGUGCAAAUAACACAAGGAAUCUCUACUGGAAUAAGUUGUAUGGCCCAAGAAUGUGAUGUCCUGGCACCGGAAGACUUUGUCCUUUCUCUUUUAACGAAGCCAAAUAUGAGAGAAAGGUAUCAACAAUUUGCCUUCAGAGAUUACGUUAAGUCUCACCCACAGUUGCGAUUCUGUCCUGGUCCGAAUUGUCAAAUAGUUAUGCGUUCCAAGGAACACAGGGCCAAGAGAGUAACUUGCUCAUCGUGUAAAACUAUUUUUUGCUUCCGAUGUGGUAUGGAUUAUCAUGCGCCCACUGAUUGUGGUACAAUUAGAAAGUGGCUGACCAAAUGUGCUGAUGACUCCGAAACAGCAAAUUAUAUUAGUGCACAUACCAAAGAUUGCCCAAAAUGUCACAUUUGUAUAGAGAAGAAUGGCGGCUGCAAUCACAUGCAAUGCUACAAUUGUAAACACGACUUUUGCUGGAUGUGCCUUGGAGAUUGGAAAGCGCACGGAAGUGAAUAUUAUGAAUGUUCGCGUUACAAAGAAAAUCCUAACAUUGCCCAUGAAAGUGUUCAUGCUCAAGCUCGUGAAGCUUUAAAAAAAUACCUCCAUUAUUACGAAAGGUGGGAAAAUCAUAGUAAAUCAUUAAAAUUGGAGGAGCAAACGUUAGAAGGUAUUAAGUCUCGAAUCAACAAGAAAGUGAUGAAUGCCAAAAGUGGAACUUGGAUCGACUGGCAACAUUUAUUCGCAGCUGCUUCCCUUCUGGCUCGUUGUCGCUAUACGUUGCAGUACACGUACCCUUAUGCUUAUUACAUGGAACCUGGGCCACGAAAGGAAUUGUUCGAGUAUCAGCAGGCCCAGUUGGAAGCUGAAAUAGAAAAUCUUUCGUGGAAAAUAGAGCACGCAGAAACAACGGAUCGUGGGGCUCUCGAAAAUCAAAUGGAUAUUGCCGAGAAACGUCGAGUUAUUUUGUUAAAAGAUUUCCUGGAGUUUUGAGCAAGAACUGGGUUAACACGACUGCUCCAUUAAUCUUUUGCAAUUUCAAUUUCUUUUACUUGUGCAUAGGCAAGAAAGAAAUUAUCUCCUAUUAACUAAUUAUAUUAAUUUUUCGUUCAACGCUUAAAGAUUUAUCCGAGGCAAGCGACGCCUAUGUCCAAAUACUGAAAAGGUAUAAAUAGUGAAAACAAUAGUUCGGUAAUUUGUUCCACUUUAAUCCCGAAAGAUAAUGGGAAUCAAAUGGCAAAUUUAUAAGUUUUCGACAAUUUCGAAUUGAAUAGGUGGCUCUGUAAAGUAAGUACUUGAAGAGUCUUCGUAAUGUUUGUCAAAUUUUUCAAAUGAUGCAGAUACAUCGUGUGAGCUCGUCUUAUCUGAACGCAAAAUAUUGAUUUCGAUGACAAACGAAUUUUACAAACUUCCUACAUUUAUUAUAUUUUUAUGGCAGCAAGAAUGGGCUAUGCAGUUCCCUGCCCAUCUCUAAAAUUAAUGGAAGGCAACUUAUGAAAAUUCAGGUUUCUCGACUGAAAUACUGAUAAUCGCCUAGUACUUUGAUCAAUAUGAAAAUUCGUUCGAAACUGCAAGGCAUGGAAAUUUGGAAUACUGAGGAAGAAUAUCCAAAUUGAUUUAUCAUGAUUUUACAGUUGAAUACUAGAUAUUCCUAACUUUUUGAUUCCUGUUUCUAAGUCUAUUCUUCCCGAAUCAGUGGAAAAAUGUUGUGGCUUGUACUUAUAUUUUUUGUUGGAUAACACGAAUAAUCUGUGGUGCAAUACGAAGCACGAUCUUCCGCAUUCACUACAUGAAAUCUCGGCAGCUUGAUUUUUAAUAAUAUCAACGACUGCAUUCACAACGGAUUCGAUAAUUCACCAAAACGUCAUCUCAGCAUUGUAUGAAUUUUCCCAGCAACAAUUCAGUGCGAUCAACUCAGGAACAAUUUCCGUGAUUUUUUUUUUUGUUGUAUUUGUUGAUGUAGAUAAACAAUUAAUUUAUCCUACUUACAUCCUUCCUAGUCUGCAGGAACUUUUUUCAACGAUUUCUUAUAAAUGAAUGCUCAGUUUCCGAAAUCCUCGUAACCGCUCAUUAUCUCGGUGAUGUUAGUACAAGUUGUGACGAUAGCGAUCAAGGUACUAUAAGUAUUGUAUGCCUGUACACAUUCGGAAUAUGUGCCGAUCUGAGAGUACAACUUGUACGAAAAAGCGUGUACUUCGACAUCGAGUAAAUUCAUCCCCAUCACAUUUCAUCCUCGAACGGUACAAUUGUUAAUAUUAAAUGCUUUUACGUGCGAUUUAUCGAGUGAUUUCGAUGACUGGUCCACCCAGUAUUCGAGAUAAGAUAAAGCAAAUUCAAGCAUGACCAAAAACGUGAUUCAACCGGAUGAAAUAAUAUAAUUUGACGUUUACCAGGGGAUUUACAGGAGUAUAUGGUUAAAUACAAUUUAGUAUCUCAAUUUUUACUUUGUUAUCUAAUGAUACUAUUCUUUUUGAAGCCCCCCAAUUUUAUUUCAAAACAUCACUAGAAAGGGGGUUUGAAAAGAAACGAACUUUUUAAAAACUGAUAUAUCGUUGACUUUUGUUAUUAGCAAGUAGUAUCUCUACAUAGUUACUAUAUAAGAUUAGCGUAGUUCUGUGCCAAAAACUCACACCUGUUAUUUUCCCAAAUUAUACAUUCUCGUAAAUUCCCGAAUUGGUUUUCGAAUCUCGUUUUUGAUCGUGUCUGAAAUCGCAUGAAUUUAAAUUAAUUCUUGAUCGAUUACUGGACGAGCAGCAAUUUAAUAUCGGCGCUCAUUAGUAAUCACUUUGUAUAUAUUAUUGUAAAAGUACAUUCUAUAAAAGCCGUGUGACAUUUUCUAUGAUUAGUACAUAAGAGUUCAUGCAACGAUCGAAGUCAUAUAUAGAA